AAAGUUUGUGUUUUUCAACAUCCCCCAGAUCCAGUACAAGAACCCCUGGGUGCAGAUCAUGCUGUUCAGGAACAUGACCCCCUCGCCCUUCCUGCGCUUCUACCUGGACAACGGAGAACAAGUAUUGGUCGAUGUGGAAGAUAAAACCAACAAAGAGAUAACUGAGCACAUUAAAAAAAUCUUGGGGAAAAGCAAAGAAACACUUGAAAAAGAGGAAAGAGAAAGAAAAAAAUUGUCACAUCCAGCAACUUUUGGGCCGAAGAAGUACCAUCUGCGAGAAUGCAUGUGUGAAAUUGAAGGCCAAGUUCCCUGCCCUGCUUUUGUGCCACUGCCCAAAGAAAUGAGGGGAAAAUACAAAGCUGCUAUGAAAAAAGAAGCAUCAGCCUGACAAGGCAUGCAGUUGUUUUUCUGCAGAGCUGGAUGAUCAAGGUACUUCAGUGAGAGACAGGAGCUAACGGCUCUUGGAAACAUGAACAAGCAAGUUCAUGUAAUACAGGCAAC